AUGGAUCCAGCAGCUCCAGGCCCUCUGGACCCUAGUGUCCUUACGAUGCAGGCGAGUCACAGGAGCAGUGUGCUAUGGGAUGUACAGGUGUCCGAUACGGAAACCAUAUACACCAGGCAUCCCGAUUCAGCUCCAUGGGCGAUUGACGCACGGAUCGUCCCGUACCUUCAGCUUGCGAGAUUGCAUGACUUCCACCUGAUCGCGUACGGGAGAGUCGAUCGGGCGCUACUCACGGCUUUAGUCGAGCGGUGGCGCCAGGAGACUCAUACCUUCCACCUACCUAUAGGUGAGGCUACCGUCACGUUACUUGACGUAGCUGUUCUUACACGGCUUCCCAUCGAGGGACAUUCCGUGUGCAUCGAUGCACGCCAGUUCGAAAGCUGGCAAGACAAAGUCCAAAGAGUAUUAGGAGUGCGACCUCCGGCUGAGGUAACCAAAGGGAGUAGCCUGCGUGUAACAUGGCUUGCACAAAACUUCUCACAACUCCCUGAAGGUGCUGAUGACGCCACCGUUGAGAGAUACGCUAGGGCGUAUCUCCUUUAUCUGAUUGGUGAUGUCUUGUUCUCCGACAAGACUGCCCUAGCGUAUCUGUACAGGAGACUUUGUGAAGCUUCACAGAAGAAUGUGAAGGAGAUCGCUGGUCCCCUGAUUAUUCUACAGGUAAUAAUAAGUUAUAAUGCUUAUUCUACAGGUAAUAAUAUUGUUGUACCUCUUUUACUUACUUAUAAUGGUAAUUCUUAG